AUGAUAUUUUUAGAAAUUCUUAAUCGAGCUGUAGAAGAAUCUCUUUUAUAUCGAUUUGAAAAUGCUAAAAAUGGUUUAAAAUUUGAAAAAUUUGAUCAAACGCUAGCCGAUUUCGAUGGAGCUCUAUAUCGUAUCCACAGUGUACCGAAUGAUCGAGCAAAAAUUAUUGUCAGUUUGACAUUGAAUUUUUUCAAAGAAUUACAAGAACACGGAACAAAUGAGGUGUUGAAACGAGAAUAUGCCCAGUAUUUGUUAAGCCAACCUGAAGACGGGUGUAGUGUUUCACUGCUAUACGACUUGGAGAAUUUACCAGAAGAUUAUAGCCUGUUAGCACAGAAAGCUGCAUUACUAAAAAGAAAUUGUUUUGCUGCUGUAUUUGAAAAAUUUUUUGAAUUUCAAGCUUUGGGUGAAGAAGCUAUCGGUGGGUGUAAAACAGCGGUUAUACAUUAUCGACCAGAUGAAACACUGUAA